AUGACCAAUCCAGUGCCUGCUAAUGAAACUGAAUGCUCUACUGACGGCGACUCAUACCAAAAGUUUUCAUCUGACUUAAAUCUGGUCGUAUUCCUAGCAGUCAUCGGAUUUCUCAUCAUUAUCUUCACUUUACUGUUCAACAUCGCACUCAUCAUCGCCCUUUGUCUUUAUCGAGCGACUUGUUUUCAUGAGAACAAAAUCACACGUACGAUGAUAACUUCCAUGGCUGUCAUAGAUGUACUCAUAAGUCUUAUUCAAGCUCCACCUGGGGUUCUUCUAGUCAUAACGAACGGAAAAUGGAUUCUCGGAUCAACCUUGCUGAAACUCUGGGAAGGCUUCAGUAUCGUUCUGUGUGCUUUGUCAGCCAGUCAUAUAUUUGGUAUGGCUCUCGAUAAGUACCUGGCCGUCUGUCAACCAACAAGGUACAUGGUGUUGCCUGAGAAAGCUGGCUAUAUAAUGGUAUCCCUAGCUUGGUUAGUGCCAGUGACGCUUCUCUCCAUCAUGUUUUCUCUUCAGGGGCAACAGUUUGGGAUGCCAGAAUGUGAACCAGUAUUUGAAAUCAUUAAACAGUUUUACCAGAAAUCUUUCAAAGUGAUUUUCUAUUUCGUUUACUUUGUAAUUGUAACUCCAAUUCUUCUUACUUAUGUUUUAUAUUUCUUCAUUUUAGUGGACAUUUACAGAUGGUCACAAAGAACUGGACAAAUUCAACGUGCUGAUAAAGAAAAUCGCACUCCCACGUCAUGUAGAGACAGCAUCGUACAGGAAACAGUUUUAUCUUUAGGCGAGACGGUGGCUCUUUUCAAGUUGUCUAAACAUACCAACACCGGAAGUAAAUCCACAGACGACAGAAAAACUUUAACACAUCGCUGGAGACGAAACUUGAAAGCUAUUCGAACAAUUGGAUCGAUCGUAAUCGCCUUCACUGUCUGCUGGUUUCCAUCUAUCAUCACUGCGGUCACGGUGACACAGGGACAUCCGAUGUCUAUGCAGUCUUUUAUAAUAGUCAAUUGGAUAACAUACAUCAACUCAACCUUAAACCCUCUUCUAUGUUAUGGUGUGACAUUUGUCAGAUUAGCUUUAAGAAAGCUGUUUUUCCAUUAG